UAUAUUCUGACUGUGAAAUUAUUUUUCUUCAUUUACAGACUUUAGGAUCAUAUUUGUAAUUUUUAUAAUUGAACCGAAUACUCUUAUCAUCUGUAGUAGAAUAUAUUUCUCUGUAUCUUUUUGUUUGGUUCUGUGUAUUAAAUACCUCAUGAUGGCCUCAGGGUGUUGUGGUGGGAAGCGGACCAAAAUGAUGAAUGGCGAAGAUCAAUCAAAAAUUUGCAAUGGGAAAGUCAAUGGCGUCGUUGAAAAUGGCGUCAUUGUUCGUCCCCCUGAUGCUCACCAACAAGUUGUCAGCAAAGAGAUGUGCCAUUAUUGUUUCGAUGCUUUGAGAAGUCAUCUGUACAAUUUUGAGUCACCUAGAAAGCCGGCGUUUACUGAUGAUGCUUAUCCUCUCUUUGUCACAUGGAAAAUUGGAUCAAGGGAUCCUAGACUACGAGGAUGCAUUGGAACUUUUAGUCCAUUACCACUGCAUGAUGGUCUGAAGGAAUAUGCAAUUACAAGUGCAAUGAAAGAUAGCAGGUUUGCACCAAUUAAGAGAGAUGAACUAUCCCGUCUCCACUGUUCUGUAUCAUUGUUGACAAAUUUUGAGGAUUGCCGUGAUUGUUAUGACUGGGAGAUUGGGGUUCAUGGAAUUCGAAUUGAAUUCAACAAUGAAAGAAAUCAUCAAAAAACGGCAACUUACCUACCUGAAGUGAGCAAAGAGCAAGGAUGGAAUCACAGUCAAACUGUCGAAAACUUGCUCAGAAAAGGUGGAUAUAAAGGCGAGAUAACUCCUCACUUUCGAUCCACCAUACGAACAAAACGGUAUCGAAGUGAAAAAGUGGCAGUUUCUUAUCAAGAAUAUGCAAUUGCUAGAGGUCUCAACGGUACCUCAUCGUCGUCUCAUAAUUCUCAUUUUCACACAAACCAACCCUACCCACCUCCUCACCACCGCCGAAAUAGCCGUGAUAAAUCGACAACAAACGGUUAUGGGCCUGUGGGGACUCGCCCUAAUGGCCAGUUUAGUAGUCGAUUCAAUCAGUAUAAAAACAAGAAUUAACAGAGGUUGCUUUUUAGGCAAUGAUUAGGUAAUGGUUAUCUGUGACUUUUAUUCCAACCUCUUUUUAUACUUUUCAUAUAUAUGUCUGUGAGUCGUUGUUGUCAUUGCAUUUUCAUCAGGGCUGUUGGCUGCAUCGCUGUUUCAAGCUUCAGAAUUACCAACACAGUAUCCUUGCGUUACUUUUUAUUGUAAGAGGAGUCCAAUAUUUGUGGCCUUUUGAACAUGAUGGCAUUUUUUUUUACCUAUUUCUAAUGAGCCACAAUAGUUGUGAUCUUCAAAGUAAAUUGAUUGAAUAUUAUUUUUUAUGAGUCACUUCGAUUUUACUCAGAUAAAACAUGAAGUAAUCUGCAAAUGCCCAUUUUUCCACAUAAUUCUCAAAGAUUUGCUAACAGAAUAGGUGAGGAUAUUUUGAUGCAGUACUGAACUACCCAAAAACAUCAAAAAUCAUUUAAUGUUAUUAUUUCGAAACAUUCUUUGAUCUUGAAAGUUAAAUAGUUUGGAUUUUAUAAUUGUAUAAAAAUUCUUGAAUUAUUUUAUGCAAUACCUUAUUAGUACACAAAACUGCAAUGUUGCGUAUUGUAACGCUUGAAUGAAUUUUUUUUUUAUCUUGCCCAAUAUACUUGAGAUAAAUUUCCAUGGCUAUUUGA